AAGGACGCAAUACAUAGGCAGCACAUUCUAAAUUAUAAAACCACUAUCAUACGCAUACAUACAUACUCAUUAGAACAAAACAUAAAACUGUUCCAUGUGUUUGAUAGUUUAAUAAUGGAUUUUUCUACAAUUAGCAAUAAGACGAACUGCACCGAAGUGGAAGAUGUUACUAAUGGUGAAUUGACUGAACGUUAUUAUUUACUCAAAAAACAAUACGAAGGUCUUUCCACCAAUUAUGAAUCUACAAAACAAGAAUUAUACGAUACCAGACGUAGCUAUCAGACCGCUUUGGAUAUACAGAGUCACUUGAAUGCCGAAUUAGAAGGUUUGCAGGCUGAUGAAGCAAAACGAAGAACCGAGUUGAAUUUACGAAUAAGUAGCCUUCAAGAAGAAAUAUGUUCUUUAAGAACGGAACGUUCAGAACAUCAAGAGCGACACGCUCUCGAAGUCAAAGUAUUAGAAAAAGAAAUUCGAGAUUUGAGGGAUCAACAAAAAUUGAAAAUGCGUGAGAGUCCUGAGCGCGAUAACAGUGAAUUGGAUGAAGCGAGAACGGCACUGACUUCGGCUUUAAAUGAUGCUGCCGAAGUGAAAACAGCGCUGGAAGAAGCUCGCCAGGAAGUCGUCUCGUGGAAGAUGAAAGUAGAAGAAUUAGUGUCUGAGUUAUCGGAAAUGCGCGCUGCAGCGGAAAUCCGGAGAGAAGAAAUGAAAGCAGCCAAUGAACGUGAAGCUGUGGUUCUAGCCGAUCUGGCAGAGGCGAGGGCUAUGCUUCAUCAGUGUACAGAUUCGCAGGACCUACAGCCCCAUGCUGCAAAAGGAAAUUCAAUAUUUGCUGAAGUAGAAGAUAAGAGACAAGAGAUGGCAAAAAACCUCAUACAGAUGAAGCAUACAAAUACAAGGCUACGUAGAGAGCUCGCCAACAAGCAAGCUGAAGUGGAUGCAUUACUGCAUGAGAAGCAAAAUAUAUGGGAGCAACAGGUCGGUGCUGCUGCCCAUUUUGAUAGAGAACUAAUUGAAAGCUAUGAAGAGAGAAUUACCCAGCUGGAAGCGCUGUGCGAGCGUCAGAGGCGUGAACUUGCCCGUUGGUUUAGCAAGUUAUCUGAACCAACUUCUCAAAGUUGGCUUCCUGGUGUCAUGGACCAUUUGAAAUCUGAAUGUGAGCGUUUGCGAGCCGAAGUACUAUCUCGAGGCGCUGCUCAGCUGGCGAGUGCUGCUCAAGUCAGAGAACUGCGCAGGAAAAUAGCUCAUCUAUCGGCUAAUCCAAACAAAAGUAUCACUUCACCUAAACUCGAUUAUAGACCUAACGAAAAAGAAAAUAAAGACGUUCUCGGCUCAGCGAAAAACAAUGUACAAGUCAAAAGCAAAAUCAAUCCAGACGAUGUUAAGAAGAAAGUUUCUUUUAAUUAGUGUAAUAUCAAAAUUUUAUUUGGUAAAUGCGAAAUAAAUUAUGUACUAUAUUAAUGCGUAGCAGGCGGCUUUAUCGCAAACAGAAGAAGUUUCCAGAAUUUCAGGUGGACAAAAGUUUGCAAAUAAAAAAAAAACGUUUUGUUUCAUUUAAUAUAUUUUAUUCAUGUUAUAAUAUUUUCAGACUUUCGUACGAUAAUAUAAUAUGAAUUAAUUUGUUAUCAAAGUAUUUUCGUUGAACAACAAAGCAAUCUAAACAGUUACAACAGAUCUAAAUCUAAAAUUAUUAAAAGUACCAAUAAAAAUAUCAAUGAUCAACGUAAAUAUU